AUGCAAUUUUUCUAUUUUCUACUUGCUGUCCUUGCCGUUUUCAGUCAAAGAUCUUAUGCAAGCUACGAGCAUUUGCACGGCUUCGAAGGCGUUCCCGUUGCUGAACACAUGCCCUUCCUUGCUGCAGGCGCUCCAAUUGUAGCCGCACACGCCCCUGUUGUGGCCGCUGCUGCACCGGUUGUAGCGGCCGCAGCUCCCGUAUAUCCAUACGCUUUGAACGGUGGCUUCCAUCCAUCGGCCGCAGUUCAUAAUCACGUCAGUUCCUACCACAGAGAAGAUGGUCAUCUGUCCGAUACUGGAAUGAUGCUACCGUUCAAAUCUCGAAGACGUGCUGCAAAGAAGGUUGCUCGCGUACGCAAAAACCUUCAUAAGAAGAACUAA